AGCACAUAGACGACACAUUCAAAUGAAUACCAUAGCAUGAGAAAGUUGAAGAGCAAGAGCGAAUAGUUCGGCCAAAAGGCUAAAGUAACCGAAUAGAACGAAAACAAAAGGAAAAACUCAAACAGUUAGAAUUUGUUAAAUCAAAAUAUGUGUUUUUGAAAUAACUGUAUAUGAAUGAACAGCAUAUUAAAUAGUUGCAUUGGCUGAAAACAUUAACUCAAAAGUACAUAAGAAAUGUAACUGGUAUUUUUUGAGUUUCAAAGUAACUUGAUUUGGUGAAUAGCCGUUUUUUGUGUUUUAUCGCGGUUUUUAACAAAGAAAAAAUGUCUAACCAAUUACCGUACACAGUGGAAUACUCAAAUAGCAACAGAUCCAGAUGUAAAAAAUGCUUGGAGAUAAUUCCAAAGGAUUCACUUCGUUUAGCCAAAAUGGGUCAAUCGCCUUUUGCUGAUAAACAAGAUGCGCAUUGGUACCACAAUGAAUGCUUUUUCGAGAGCAUUUUAAUGGAUCCGUUUUUUGCUAAUCAGUUAGCAGAGGUUUCAAUACGUGGCUUUACAAAUUUGCGCUACACCGAUCAAGAGAAUCUUCGAAAACGGAUUAAAAGUAGACAAAACGAUGGUGAAUCUACAAUGAAGAAACAAAAAACAGAUUUACAACCAGAAGAUAAAGAUUUGAACGAAACCAUCGAAAAACAGACCAAGGAAUACUAUGAAUUACGCAAUAAACUUGAUGCUGAAAUGAAGAGACCAAAUUACAUUAACAUUUUAGAAGAAAAUGACCAAUAUAUUCCCGAAGGGAGAGCUAAUAUUUUGAAUCAUGUCGCUGAUAUCAUUUAUUUUGGUGCAAUAAAACCAUGUAAAAAUUGCAAUGCCAAUUUCAUCUUCGACGGGAAUUCCGGUUAUUUGUGUCAAGGAUACCAAUCAGCAUGGGCAAAAUGCAAUCAAAUUUUGAUUGAACCUGAAAGGCAAUCAGUGAAAAUUCCAAAAGAUAUUCAGGAAAAAUUUCCAUUUUUGGCUAAAGAGUUUCAGAUACAACAACGAACAAUCUCAUCCAUUUAUACGAGUCCACAAUCCGAAAGCGCAAAUGCAUCGAUCUAUACUAAUGAAAUAAAGCUUCAAACGAUUAUGUUGAAAGAUCUAAAAAAUGUUGAUGAAGAGUCCGGAUUGAUAAAUUUUGCACAUGUACAUUGUGCAGGAGAACUAACAUAUUCCAUUACGUUAACCAAAGUUGAUGGAUUUAAAAAUUCGUAUUAUAAAAUGCAAUUGCUUGAAUCGGAUAGAACACAUGAAAACAAUUAUUGGGUGUUUAGAUCAUGGGGUCGUAUAGGUGAAAAAGGAAAUAAUAUAAAAAACGAAUUCAGCUCACUGGGAGACGCUCAGCAUUUCUUUGAAACACACUAUUUAGAUAAAACGGGCAAUUGUUUUGGUAGCGAUGAGUUUGUCAAAUACCCGGGAAAAUACUAUAAAAUGGAUAUUAAAUAUGAUGAAGAUGAACAACAGAAGAUAAUUGAGAAAAAGCAACUGGUCAAGUCAAAUUUAAAAAAGUCAGUUCAAGAUCUUAUUGAACUUAUUUUCGAUGAGGAUAUGUUGAAUCAAACUAUGCUAGAAUUUAAAUUGGACAUACAACGAAUGCCACUUGGCAAAAUAAGUCCGAAGCAAAUUCAUGAUGCAAUGACGAUUCUUAAAGAUAUCUCCGAAUUAAUUGAAAAGAAUGCUUCUCGGAGCGAACUUUGCGAGAAAUCGAAUCAAUUCUACAGUCUAAUUCCACAUGAUUUCGGUGUUAAACGUGUGCCAGACAUUGAUACAUCUGAGAUGGUUGCAAUGAAAGUUGAAAUGCUCGAAACACUAUCGCAAAUUGCUGUAUCAUACACAUUUUCGAAUAAAAAUCUCAGUGAAAAUAAGAACAUAUUGGACAGUUGUUAUGAACAAUUAAACGCCCACAUUAACCCGAUUGAGAAACAUUCAGAAGAUUAUAAUUUGAUUAUAACGUAUGCCAAGAACACACAUUCUGCGAUUCAUGAUGAAUACUUUUUGGAUAUUGAGGAUAUAUUCACAGUUUCACGUGAAGGAGAAAUUAAACGCUACGAAACGUUCCGAAAACUUCAUAAUAAAAAAUUGCUGUGGCAUGGUUCAAAACUUGCGAAUUUCGUGGGAAUUUUGAGCAAAGGUUUGAAAAUUGCACCACGGGAAGUGCCGAGAAAUGGAAGCAUGUUUGGUAAUGGUAUCUAUUUUACUGAUACUGUGUCAAAAGCAGCCAAUUAUAGUAGAGCACAAUGUAAAAACGAUGUUGGUCUAAUGUUGCUAUGCGAAGUUGCACUGGGUGAUUCGAUGGAAUGUUUUGACGGGAAUAAUGUUACCAAAGACGGACAAAAGCUGCCAAAGGGUUUUCAUUCCAUUAAAGGUGUUGGCAAAGGAUUUCCCAAUCCAAAAGAAGGGCGCCUUAUUUACGAGGAUGUAGAAGCACCUGUAGGUGAAAUGGUUGAAAAUGCCAGCAUCAAAUCAGCACUUCUGCACAAUGAAUACGUUGUUUAUGAUGAGGCUCAAGUCAAAAUAAAAUAUCUUAUCAAAACAAAAUUUAACUAUUCACGAAAAUGAUAUUCAUAAGUAUGCAAUAUUAAAUGAUGAUUAAAUGAAUAAAUUUGAAAAUGAAAUUAAUUCGGUUAAUUUGAUUAU